UUCAGCCCAGACUGAUGUCCCCCCCCUCCGCAAUUGGUAUAAUCCCAGAAGAAGCCUGGGCAGGGCGGGGAAAGAAAGACUUCGGGAUGUUGAUAGCGUCGCAUAGCAACGGACGAGAGGAUGGAGCCAAGUACCGGCACUGACUCGGACCAUGGGCAGGUUACAGAAGAUGAGAAUAAAGAGCUGCUUGCAAAUGAUGAAGAGCCUUCAGGUUUUGAUUUAUUAUUGCAGACAGAAGUUACUAGUGCCAGGGAGGAAGAGGCAGGAGAUACCCCUAUAGCAGUUGCGGAGGAAGAGGCAGCUGGAGCCCCUAUGGCAGCUGUGGAGGAAGAGGUUGGAAUUGCUCCUAUGGCGGCUGCAGAGGAAGAGGCAGCUGGAGCCCCUAUGGCAGCUGUGGAGGAAGAGGUUGGAAUUGCUCCUAUGGCGGCUGCGGAGGAGGAGGCAGCUGGAGCCCCUAUGGCAGCUGUGGAGGAAGAGGUUGGAAUUGCUCCUAUGGCGGCUGCGGAGGAGGAGGCAGCUGGAGCCCCUAUGGCGGCUGCGGAGGAAGAGGUUGGAAGUGCUCCUAUGGCAUCUGUGGAGGAAGAGAUAGAAACAGUUCCUGUAGCAGUCUUGGAAGAAAGACCCACAGCAGAGAGGGAUGAGCCUGACACAACAUGGCAAGGAAUUCUUGAGUAUGGAGAGCCCUCUUUUGUGCAGCUUUCCGAUGCUUCCUCAGUGAGGAUUGAAGUGGGCAGCAUUCCUUCCAGAUAUUACAGUGUGGAGCAGGCAGUGAUCUCUCCUCAAUCUUCAACAACUAGCAGCCUGGGAUCCGAAGAAGCAGUGCAAGGAGAGCAUCACCUAGAGAUCGGUGCAGCUAGAUCAGUAUUUUUUUCUCCCUAUUCUGAUGCUGCUCUUCGGCCUCUGGCUCUGCAGUUAAGAGGCCUUGGCCCCACAGAAGAGGAAGAAACCAUUCUGCGUUUUACGGAGCAGGAGCUUGGCAGUGGAGAACAAGAGGAGGAAACUCAGCUGAUUGUGCUGGACCCAGAACAUCCGCUGAUGAAAAGAUUCCAAGCUGCUUUAAAAGCCUACCUCAAUAAACAGUUGGGAAAGCUGGCCGAGGAACUUCGGGAGCAGGCAGUGGCUAUGAAGAACAGCAAGAUACAGAGAGAAGACCUUGGUGUGACUCUGUAUGGGGUCCAACAGCAGUUGGCCCGUCUGCAAAUGGAACUGGAGAAGAAUCACAGUCGGCAUUCUCAGAUUGCCAUGACACGCCGGCAGCUAGAAGAAGAGUUGCAAGACCUCAGAAGCAUGUACAAAAAGACUUGCCAGGGCACUUCAGAGGAACGCAAGAAAGUUUCAGCCAUGCAAUCAGAGAUAGAAAAUAUGUCCUUGCGCCUCUUCUAUAUGCAGAACAUGGACCAAGAUGUGCGCGAUGACAUUGCUGUGAUGAAACGAACUGUGAAGAAGGCUGAAGUGGAGAGGAUGCGUGCAGAGGUGGAAAAGCAAAAACAGGACCUUCAUGUGGACCGCUUAACAAGGAGAGCCGAUGAGCUGCAGGAACAGAUUGCUCUGUAUGAAGCCCAGUAUAUGGCCCAGGCUGAAGACACCAGAAUCACACGAAAAGAAGUGGGAGAGGCAUGUACUGAGAUACAAGCUAUUCACUUGGAGAAAAAGCAGCUCCUGCAUCAAUGGACUGUCAGCUUGACUGGAAUGAAGCGCCGUGAUGAGGCCUAUGCUGCCAUGCAGGAAGCACUGAGAGAUUCCAGGCACAAGCUCAAGUCUUUAGAGAUUGAGAUUGAAGUCUACAAGAAGUCCAUCAGCAAAGAGGAAGAGAGGAAUGAGCUUUUGGCUUCCAUCUUGAACCGUGCAGAGAAUGAUGCUAACACAAGCAGGAAGCUGAUAGCUCAGAGCAUGACUAAACAGGAUGCCAUGAAAGUGGAACUUGGCACCUACACUCGGACCCUGCAAGAGACUGAGCAAGCUCUUGGUCGGGCCAAUGUGGAUCGGGCCGCUCGCAUGAAUGAGUUGGUUGCCAUUAGGAGAGAGAUAGAGAAAGGAACUGAAAUCAAGCAGGAGAUGGAGAAUGAGAUUGUGGCCAAGCUGCAAGAUCAGCUGAUGUCUAACAAAGCAGCAAAAUACUUUUUACAACUGGCUGCUAAACUUCAAAGCAGAAUGAUGGAUUUGGACAUAGAGCUCACUAAAAUUGAGAAUGACACCGCCCAAACCAUGUUGGAUAUAACAAACACCACUUGCAAGUUGAAUACGCUUCAGAAGACUUUCUCAGAAGUAGACAAGGAAAUGGACAACAUGAAUAACCAUAUCAGCCACAGUGAGACUGAGAUUGCUAAGCGCAACCUCCUGAUUGGGCGCAAACAGGGGGUCAUCAACCUGUACAACAAGAAAUUAGAAAUGAUGAUUUCUCAACUGGGGGGACAAGAAUUGGGCCCUUUGGAACUUGAGAUCAAGAAACUCACUAAACAGAUAGAUGAUAUUGAGUCGGAGCUGGUGACAUUGCAGAGGUACUGGCUGAAACAACAGAAUGUGUUAGUGAAGCUUACUCAGGAGCGAGAGGAGCAGUUAACGUCCUUGGAUAUGCUAAAGAAAGAGAUCACAAUCAAGGAGCAAAAGAAAGUGCGCAUAGAGAAUGAAAUCCAGCAGGAGAAAAAUCAACUGAAGGACAUUGAGCGCCACAUGAAGAACAUGGCUAAUGAUCUGGAGAAGCUACAUACCUUAAUCAAUAAGAACAGUGCAACUUCUGAAGAGUUGCAGCAGGGCAACACCAUUAUGGAGAAUGAUUUUGUGCGCUCUCUCAAGGUGUCGGAGAGAGAAUCCAUUGAGAUGCAGGAGAAGCUGGACCAUCUCAGAGAAGAAAAAGAGAGGCUUCUCAACUGCCUAGUGGAGGCAGAGUGUCAGAUGAUGCAAUGGGAGAAAAAGAUACAACUAGCCAAAGAGAUGCGUGCUGCUGUGGAUUCAGAAACUGGGCAGGGUGAUAUCCGAGCCAUGAAGUCAGAGAUUCACAGGAUGCAGGUAAGGUACAGCCAGCUAAUGAGGCAGCAGGAGAAGAUGAUGCGAGAUACGGAGGCAGCUGUUGCCCGGCGAGAGACCAUUGUGGUUCGUGGUGAGGGCCAGAGCAAACAGAAUAAGCAGCUGCUCACCAAAAGCGACUUCCACUACAAGAAGCUGGAGCUCAUGAAAAAGAUCAAAGAGACCCAGAAGAAUGCAGCCGAGUGCAACAUCACGAUAGCACACCUUGAGAAAACGCAGAAGAAUAUUAGCAAUACUCUUCUGGAGAAGCAGAAGCACAACGCCAUCUUGAAUGUUGAAAUAGAUGAGCUUCAACUAGAACUGGAUCAGCUGCAAAUAAAGAAACAGCAGAAUCUUUCAGAUAUUGUGGCCAACCAGACACGUGUGAAGCACAUGCAGGCUGUGAAGGAAGGGAAGUACAGCCCACUGUACCGGACCGAGCUAAUUAUGCGCAUUGAACGGCAGAAGCUGGAGGAACGACUGUAUGGCAUUAGUGUCAUACUCCAUCAAAUCGAGCAGGAGUUUCCUCAGCACUAUAGGACAAUACGGAGACUCAGCCAGUUCCUACACAGCAGGCUGGAUGAAACGGCAGCACCAGAGGACGGUGCAGGAAGCCAGACCUGAAAUAUUUACAGUUUAGAAAUGUCACAAAUAAAUACUUUUUUGGGAAUGA